AUGAUGCUCUGGGGCACAGGGACAGCUGGGAAUCAGGAAGUGGUGGAUGCCAGAUCAGGACUGUCCUCAGUGUUCCCCAAGAGGCUGGCCCAGGACAGGGCUGUCCCGCACACACACUCCAUAGCAGCGGCCGAAAGCAUAACAAAGCAUAAGCAACAGGUGAUAUCAUCCUUCCGCUCCCACAUCUCGGCUCCAACGGGCUACCGGGACCGAAAUAAAAAGGAGCUUGCUUGGAGGAGGGUUAGCGAGGUGGUUGGUGUCUCGGUGGAAGUUUGCAAAAAGCGGUGGAAGAAUCUGAGGGACACAUAUGAGGUGCUGAAGAUACUGCCACCACCACACAAGAGAAGCUAG